AUGCCGACGCCGACGCCGUCCAAAGCGAGUGGUACCAGCGCUCAGGUGCCUGGCGCUGAUGAGCAUGUGCGUAAGAGCUCGCGUAUUGGCACGCGCAAGGAGCACGAACCGCCAACGCCCACUGCUGAAGAUAUUUCCGUCCUGGGCCGCAAGAUCGUCGACCGGCUGGUGGCCGCGCGCGAUGCGCGUGAUGGAGAGCCUCUCGCCGAGCCGUUCAUGCGCUUGCCAAGUCGUCGCCAGUACCCUGACUAUUACGUGGUGAUCCGGCGGCCCAUGGCGCUAUCCGAGGUCCGCACCAAAGUCAAGCAGAAAGAAUACCCCACCUGGACGGACCUGAAGCAGGAUCUGGAGCUGAUCUGCACGAACGCCAAGCGUUUUAACAUGCGUGAUAGUGACAUCUGGCUAAAGGCACGCGACCUGCACAGUAUGAUCAAGGACCUCACUUCGAGCGUGUACAACGAAUGGCUCGCCAGUCGCACGGACGCCGGCGUUGUCGAGGCUCCGCGCACUGCCACGCCUGCUGAACCUGCACGCGAUUCGCCGGUGCGCAGCCACAAGAUCACACUGCGUGCGCCGCGUGCCUCUGCCGAGGCAGCCAAGUCGAAGACGGUGUCGCCUGAGCCGGCGAAAGCGGCGGCGUCGCCACCUGCGGGUCCGGCGACGCCCACGCCCGUGACGCCCGCUUCCUCCUCGCCCAGCGUCGGGCAGACCAUGUCGGGGACGUCGCGCCCGCUCGUGAGCCUGAAUGUUCCGACGCCAACGACGCCGAGCUAUUUGUUGGAACGGCGGCGCCGUGGCGCGCCGCGAGGCAAGCGGCUCAAGAACAUGCUGCGUACUAUUUUGGACAGUCUCAAGACGCUGCAGGACAGGAGCGGGCGCUUGCGUGCGGAAAUGUUUAUGGAGUUGCCCUCGCGCGACGAGUAUCCCGACUACUACCAGUUCGUGCAGCACCCCAUCAGCCUCGCCGAGAUCGAACGCAAGCUGGAUGAAAGGAUGUAUAUCAAUGCCUACGCCCUCGUCACAGACGUAAGGGUCAUGAUAAGCAACGCCAAGUUCUACAACGAGGAAGGCUCGCAAGUAUGGAACGAUGCCGAUGCACUCCAGUUCCAGCUCGAGCGCGUGAUGAUCCCUGCCCUGCUUGCCGAGGGCUUUACCCUCGAUCCAAACGAUCACCGGCAGGCUGCGCAGCCCCCUGGCACGCCUGGCUCCGUGCCGACGCCGCAGCAGCCCAGCGCAGUAGCACCUGCGCCGUCUGUGCCGCAGCCCCCGGUCGCGCGGACGGCGCCGCCGCCGCCGGCCGCACCUGCGGCUCCUGCCGCAGCGCCUCCUGCCGUACCGCCUGCAGCGCCUCCUGCAGCGCCGCCCCCCAUGGCCGCUGCUCCUAUGCCGCCGCCGCCGCCCACACUCGAGCGCGUGCUCAAGGAUAUGGGCGCGCGGAUAUGGCCGCCAUCGCCUGCUACAUGGGUCGCACCCGUCGCGUGCACAAGCGCGGAGCCCCAGCCGCCGCCCGACGGACCGCCGCCCUGUGUGGCCUUGGAAGUGCGGGUGCACAUGCCGCAGGCGACGCGCGAGGUCAGGCUCGCUCUCGACCUCAUGCAGCGCCAUGCGCUGCGCCUGCCGCCCGGUGCGACGAGGACCGAGUGGUGCUUUUCGUUCCGCGAUGAGCAUGUGCGCGACAAGCCGCGCCCUUACUUCUGUGUGGACCAGCAGGAACUGCAGGCCGAAUGGAACGAAGAGCACGGGUGGAUCGUGGCAUGGGAUGUGCAGCCCGGCACACAUACACUCGAGGCGCAGUGGCCGUCCGAGUGGGGCGCUGCGCCCGUGGCCCUCUACGUAGGUACAUAG